GCUUCAGAACUAGUUCGACCCGGAUGGCCAAACUUGUCAAUAAAUUGGCCCAUUACUUAUCCAGUGAGUUACGAGGUUCAGCCUACAUAAAGUCCGGGUCAAGAGUUAUUGGCAUAAGCUAUCAGUACAAAGGAGAGAGGACACGCGCUUACUUUUCGUCAACUCCUUGGUUAUUUCGGCAAAAUGCGUUUGUCUUUGGUAAUCUUCGCAGUGGUGCUGUGCGCCCUUGUCCUCAGUGCUGAUGCUCGAAGGCGGGCCCGGGGAGGAAACGCAAGAAAUGCUGCUUGCAAGACAUGCUUGAAGACUUGCAUUCAGGAGCACAUGGCAUCUCACCCAGAGGUUGAGACGAGGGGUGCGCGGAAACACUGCAGGACCCAAUGCAAGGACUCCUGCCCUAAGAAAAACAAGAAAGGAGGUCGCCGUGGUGGAGCAAGGCGAGGGGGCCGACGAGGGGGCCGAAGAAACAAGGCCCGAGGUGCCGCAGGAGCCGCAGGAGCCGGAGAUGCCGCUGGAGCCGCUGCUGCUGGGGAAAACUAAAUUAUUCAUAGACUUUUCUUACCAAAUUAGUAAAUUGGAAGUAGAGGAAAAUGAACAAAUCAACCCUGGUCAAGUAUUUGUAAUUAAUUGUUUAAGUUGUUUUAGGCACAUUGGUAGUGCUCCCCUACUGGCGAAAACUAUAAGCUUCUCUCAAAUCAAAGUAACAUUAUUUUAAGAUGUUAAUGAUGUAUAGGCUUUAGGGCCUACUGGUAACAAAAACUAUUUUAUCUUCAUGUCACAAUAAAAAAAUUACGAAUGCUCAUUUGAA